UGGACUCAGCAUCUUAUUAGGAACCAGGGAAAUUUCUCCAUUUUCUGCGCUGUCUACGGCGACACGGGCGCAAAUCUGGGAUUUUUUAAAAUUACUUAUCCUGCUUGCCAGGGCUUUUCUACCGUUUCCCUAUUUUCUUCACUGAGACUGGACUUUGAUUGCUUCGUACGUUCACUUUGAAGGGUACUCGUUGGCCGGGGUGUGUUUUAUUCUUGGGAAGAGGCUUGUUGGUCUUUGUUCUGUAUUGGGAUCUGUUGAGCUCUUUGUUGGAGUGAAAGCAUGGGAGCGCAAUUUUCUAAGACAGCUGGAAAAGCAGAGACCGCGGCUGAAAACCCCGGAGAAGCUGCAGCUUCACCAUCUAAAGCCAACGGACAGGAAAAUGGCCACGUGAAAGUGAACGGAGACUCAUCUCCUGCGGCCGCUGAGGGGAAAGCGGAGGUUCAGGCCAACGGCAGUGCAGCAGCCGAGGAGGCUCCGAAAGAGGAGGGAGAGAAGGCAGAGGCAGCUCCCGCUGAAAAGGAGGCCGCUGAUGGAGACAAGGCGAGCGUUGAAGCACCUGCUGAAGGCGAGGCUGUGAAAGCUGAGGAGGGUGCCACUCCCUCCACAAGCAAUGAGACACCUAAGAAGAAGAAGAAGCGCUUUUCUUUUAAGAAGUCCUUCAAGUUAAGUGGCUUCUCUUUCAAGAAAACCAAGAAGGAGACGGGAGAUGGAGAGGCUGGCGAGGAGGCAGCGGUGGCAGCUGGCGAGGAGGCUAAAACUGAAGGAACUGAAGCUGCAGAAGCUGGUGCAUCAGAAGAGGAGGCCAAACAAGCCGAGGAGGCCACACCUGCUGCAGCCAGUCCCGCAGAAGCCAAACCUGAGGAAACAGCAGCGGAGAAACCUGAGGAAACGGCAGCGGAGAAACCAGCAGAGGAGCCCAAGGCUGCCAGUCCUGCCGCAGAGGAAACCAAACAGGAGGUGAAACCUGCGGAGCCAGUAGCAGCGGAGCCUGCUCCCACUCAGAAUGAAGCACCUGUGGCAGAGGAAGCUGCACAGGAAGCAGAGUCCAGUCCAGCAGCCCCUGCUGAAUCCACUGCAGAGUAACAUACAUGAUGCAGAUCAACAGAAAAUUAAAAAAAAAAAAAAUUUAAAAAGAAGAAAAAAAAAGAUAAUCAAAGAACAUUUCCCUGUUGUGCGGUGGAGUGGCACCUGGGCAGAAGACUUUGGAGAACUUUGUCCGCAACCAGGGAUAUUUUAAAGCUUUUUUUUUUUUUUUUUUUUUUUUUUUAUAGGUGUUCCCUCUCCACAAAACCCAUCUCACUCCACCGUUAUGGUCAUUCCUGGAUCUGUGAGGUGGGUGGCUAAGUUGAAUAAUACAGAAAACAAAAAUUACAUUAUCUGCCGUAUAUUUUUUUUUUUUUUGCAUCAGUAUUAACUGUUUUUGUUUCUUUUUUAUUUUUAUACAAACAGAAAAUUGUAAACUUAUUGAAAAUGUACGGAUAUGCCCAUGGAAUAAAGGGAGCAGGGCUUGUGAAUGGGAGUUUUUAAAGAUUGGCACCUUGGUGCCUUCGAAUUUUACCACAGACUACCAGGGAAAAAGGGUGGUCUGAAAGCGAACGACCAACAAUUUCUGUUCACAGUUUACAACACUAAAGUCAAUUAUUUUUACUCCGAAAACAAGCCGACAUAAUUCCCAGUACUAGGUUUAGAACAGCAUUUUAAAGAUCCUAGGAACUCUCCACUUCACUUUAGCUGUAACAGUCAGUGAUUUCAGUAGGAAAACCAUUUGUAUAGGCUUUAUGGUUUAUUGCUGGUUCUAUGAGCUUAUUAAAAUGUAAGUAUGUAUAGGAGGGGUGUUUUAACUGUGAUUAUUGUACAAAUGAAAUCUUGAUCUCAAGAAGCACAUGUAGCUCUUCUACCACCAAGCUCGUUUUUGUAAGAUAACAGAAGUCAUCCUGAGAGACCUUUUGAAGCAAUUUUUGAACUGAAACCAAGCUGUGACACGCGACCUGGUUCCUGUUUAUACUGUGGUUUAUUCAAUUACAACAGAUGAUGCUUUUUCAGUGGUCUUUGACAAAAUUAAGGAAUCUAUCAGAUGCAAUGAUUGUGUAGCAUCUUGUCUCUUCUCUUUCUUUUCUUUUGUAAAUACUGGAGAAGCUUUGACCUGUUUGACCUAGAGAUGGAAUGUAACUUUCCUUACAAAAUUGCUAUUAAACUCCUCUGCUGAAGGUGUUCUAAUUUUCUGUGAGCACACUAAAAGCAAAAUAAAUGUGAAUAAAAUUUGAA